UCAAAGGUACCGUUACAGACAGUUAACUGAUUUUGGGUUGAAAUAAAAAAAAACACACAAAAUACACACACUCGGCGGUGGCGGCUAAAUUGCGUAACGUUCUUUAACGUAUCCUAGUCCGCAACAAAUAACUUAUGGGCUUGCAAUCUGAAUAGCAAACGUGCGCGUAUUAAAUACGACCCCCAUUAAUUUCAUCGUCGGACUAACACAACCUUUAGGAUUCAAUACAUUGUCGUUGUUGUCCUCUUCGUCAUCGUAUAUAAAAGCCCCUUUAAGUCGCGAUAGUGUUUAUGGGUGCUAAUCUACACAAUAUGGGGAUACUUCGAAAAUAGCACUGAUAAACACAGAUUUAGAAAUAAAUUAUCUUCGAUAAACUCGUGUGUGUCCUUUUUGAUCCUGCCCCAAGAAGAACCGCACAACACAUCAGGGGCUGAUUCGGGUGGUGUUUAAGUGAAUGCUCUGUUGUGUGGGAUUUAAACACGCAUCGCUAUACUACGAAAUUCACCGGAACAAGGAUUUGCUGCCGUAAUCUGUGUAAUUAUAUGUGUUGAUCUAGAAGGGUGGCAAUCCCGUACUCGAUAUUCGUACCCGGAUCUCGACCACUCUGCUCCGGGUCCUUCUCAGGACGUGUGUCACUGUUAAUUACGUGUACCUUUCCAAGGGAAUCUGUUUCUGUUUUAUGUAAAUGUGGACAAGGGUUGUGGUUGCGGGCUUGCGGGUAUAGUUUCGUGUUUGCUUGUUUCCGUUUCGUGAAUGCCAUCAGCGUGCGUCGUCGUCGUCAUAUUAUGGUCGUUCCCGUUGUCGUUUUCGUUCUCGUUGUCGGUGUCACUUCGCUCCUCUGUUAUCAGUGAAACGUGAGCAUUAAAGGAAGUCCGAUUUCGUUUGUCACCUGAUAUUCUUUUUGGAGAGUUUGAAUGUGGAAUGUGUAUGCGGUAUACUCCCGGUAUACUAGCGCCGUCAUGUGGAUAAAAUAAAAAAAAAGAAAUCAACAGACCAUCCAACCAAUCAACCAUCUAACUAGUCAGCCAAACUCCCUUACUCGUACAUUAUAUUUGUUGGCAACCAAUUUAUCUAGUUGCACACGAGAGUCCUUACAUUUCGGGCAAAUACCUUCACUACAUCAACUACAUCCCUCUAUUUCCACAUCAUCAACAUUCCAACUUGAUCAAAAAGCUUGUGUGUCCUGUAUCCUGUUGUAGUUCUGUUUCGGUUUCUGUUUCUGUCCUAGAUUCAUGAGAACCGCCCGAUUGUUGUUAUACGAAUACUUUGUCGUCGUUCUGACUCGACGAUAAUGAUAACGCUCUGAUGAUUAUGCUCCUGUAUAGUAGGUACACUCCAGCUCCCGUAAUGAAACUUUACUUUGUCUGUGUGAAAGUGUAGGUGGUUUUUAUAAUAAAGGUUGGUCGUGUCGGUUUUUGGUAUUCCAUUCUAUUUCCUUUGUCAACCAAUAUUCCAAAAAAUAAAAACCCUGUGAUUUUCGAAGGAUUUUACACUAAAGUCGAAGGAUAUCUCAAGUUUGUUUUAUUUGGUGAUUCUCUGUUAUGUGGUUGCUCCCUUUUGUUGCGCCAUUCCACGAGUGAUUGUGUGAGUAUUAUAUUAUGGUGCUGAAAUAACGAAGUCAUACAAAGAAUAAGAGAAGAAGAAAAAUAAGUGUCAAGAAAAAGAAAAAGAAGAAGAAGGAGAGAAAAAAUAAUAAAUAUUUCAUUUUGUCAAGUGGAAAUACAAAAAAAUACACAAAUAAAUCUAAAUACAUUACCUACCAUACGACAUACCUUUUGGAUAUAGGUUCAAAUAUACAAUACGAAUAUUAAAACAUAUCUCUGCCCCGCAUCAUAAAGCAUAUAGCUUCAUAUUAGAUUAGAUAUUAUAUUGAAAUCUCACGCAUCAAGCAGGUUGGCAUUAUAAUCUUUCAACAGCAGAAGCUUAGCUUUUGGCAGGAAGCAACAUUAAUUUGAUAAUUAAAGGAGGACCUUCGUAACACACUAAGUAGUGGGGUAACUGCGAUAUCAACAAUAACGUUACUUUUAAACUCACAGGAUUAUGAACUUUUAUUGCGUGAAAGAAAAAUAUUGCUCCUAAUUAAACUGGAUUCUCGAAACAACCACUGUUAUUUUGAACUUGAAAGUUGGUGCCAGUUUCCCAAGAGUUCUCCCAUAAACUUAAUUGGAAGGAUGAUCACCCAAGGCAAAAAUUUAUUGUUACUAAAAACAGAAUGGAUAUGGAUUAAAAAAUAUGAAUAAAAUAACAACAAUCAUUUAAACGAAGUUUAAAACCAAACAACAACAACAACAAAACAUGUGCAAAUGUUGAACGCACUCAUUGUCGAAACUUCAGUCAGAAAUGGGAUUACGACGAUAACUGAACCUCAGAGAGAAAUACCACAACAUGGCUCAAUGCUAUUUGAUUUUGUUCGUUCUAUUUAUGUAUUCAGGAUCACUCGAAGGCGCAUCAAAACGAUUCUUCACAGAUUUUCUUCAAGAACUACCCACGCCCGGUACUGGAGGACCAACUUUUGAUUCCACAGUGCCCGCAAAUAUAACCGGGCUAGUGGGGAAGACCGUCAAACUGGUGUGUCGAGUGAAAAACCUGGGAAAUCGAACGGUCUCUUGGGUACGACAUCGUGAUAUUCACCUGCUCACAGUUGGCCGUUACACAUAUACUUCAGACCAACGAUUUGAAGCCAUGCACUCGCCGCACGCAGAAGACUGGACACUUCGAAUACGUUAUGCACAGAGAAAGGACUCAGGCAUCUACGAAUGUCAAAUAUCGACGACUCCUCCAAUAGGACACUCGGUCUAUCUAAAUAUUGUUGAACCUAUUACCGAAGUAAUUGGCGGCCCUGAACUCCACAUCAACAGAGGAUCAACAAUAAACCUCACAUGUAUAGUAAAAUUUGCUCCAGAACCUCCGCCCACAGUAAUUUGGUCGCACAACCGACAAGUCAUAAAUUUCGAUUCACCCCGAGGUGGAAUAUCAUUAGUAACAGAAAAGGGUGUCCUUACAACCAGCCGGUUAUUGGUUCAAAAAGCCAUCCAACAGGAUUCGGGACUGUAUACGUGUACGCCAUCAAAUGCAAAUCCAACAUCAGUUCGAGUACAUAUCGUAGAUGGCGAACAUCCAGCAGCAAUGCAUCAUGGUGGUGUCUCCCCCAACUGCAGACUGUCACAUGCAUUACUCCUUUUGCUAUCGCUGGCAAUAACAUUUCGAUUGCACCAUAAGAUACGAUGGAAAAGUUCCAAGAAACUAUCGAGUACAUAGCCCUUAAUGGAAUUGUCACUGUAAAAUUUACUAUCCUGUUAUCAUAAAUAUUAUUAUUAUAUAAUUUAAGAAAAUAAAAUUUAACAAAAAAAAGAAAUGAAUAAGAUUAAAUAAAAAAAUGGAGCAACAACAACCAAACACAAAUAAAACAUACAAUUUUAAGAAACAAACAAAAAUAAAACAAAACAAAAAAAAACAGAAAAAUAUUUAUAAAAAUAGGAAAAAAAUAAAUAUAAAAUUUUUUCGUAUAUAUAUUUUUUAAAUUUAAGUUGUAAGUACUUUUUAUAUUUAACGUAAUAAAUUGAAAUACAAACACAAAAAUAUUUAUAUACAUAUAUAUACUGAUAAAACUUAAUAAAAUCAAAUCGUAUUGAAAAUUCCAAAAAUAUAAAAUUAAAAAAAAAAUUAAAAGUUGUAAAUUAAACAUUCGAUUGUGUCCUCUCUCUCAAACUAUGUAUUAAAACUAUCUUAUUAUGUUUGUUAGUAUGAAAUUCUUGAUGAUAAACAAAAAUCGGAGAUGUACAUUAUUGAAAUUGAUAAAAAACAAAGUGUGUGUAAAUUCAUUAAUUAUUAAAAAUAAAUAAAAAAUAACUUAAAUAAAUAUAAGAAAUAGCAUUUAAAUAAAAACAAAAAACAAAAACUAAACUAAAAACGAAACAAAAAUUGCUAUUUCUUUUGAGCGUUAAUUUCACGUAUAUAAAUUAAUGUAGGUUUAUAAAUAGAUUAUAAAGUUUAAUUUAUUUAUUAAGAGACAACAACGUUUUCGUUUGCAUAUCAUAUAUGCAAAUCUUAAUUUUUAACAAAAAGAAAAAAAAAACAACAAAACUUUAAUUAAAUUACAAGUUUAUCAAAACAGAUUAUAUACAAAAAUGUGUCUAAUGUUAUUUGGAUAAGAAUAUAGAUUUAAAACUUUAGAAAAGAAAUGAGAACAGGAAAAUAAACUAAAACAAAAAUAAAAAUGGCAUGCUCUGUGAGACGGUUUAGCAUAUAAAACUGUAUGUCUGGUUGACUCAGAUAGUAGGCCAAUUAAAUUGAGAACUUAGGCUAAUUGAUCGUUUAGAAAUUUAAGAUUAAACUAAAUAAUUGUUUUUAAUUGAUAAAAAUAAAAAUAAAAAUUAUUAUUAAAGAUGAAA